GGGCGGGGGGGAGUGGUCGCGCAUGCGCAGAAGCGCGCUAGCAGCCUCUGCGCGCGUGCGCCGCCGGCCAAUCCCCGGCGCCUCCUCGCUCUGCGCGUGCGCGCGGCGGGCGGGGCGGGCAGUGCCUCUUCAGCGCCUGCGCAGAGCCGCACUACCCCAACUCCCCCACACACACACGCUGGCGCGUGCGCACCGGAGCCGCGGCGGCGGCCGGCGGCGCUUUUAAAGGGACCGCGUCCCCGUUACCGGUGGGGUGAACUUUCCGUGGUCUCUCUCUGCGGGCCGUUCCCGGCGGUCGCCGAUGGAGGCGCCCGCGGGCUGGCGUUGCCGGCCGGGUGGGCGGCUCGAUAUGAGCCACGGCUUCGUGCGGCACAUCCGCCGCAACCAGAUCGCCAGGGACGCCUACGAGAGGGCGGUGCGGCAGGCGCGGGGGCGGGCGCGGGGCCGGCUCACCCCCACCCCCUCCCGGCCCCGCCGACCCGACCAGCAGGUGUACCGGCCCCGGCGGCCCGGUGCCGCAGGGGGUCCCGGGGGAGACGCCAACCCGGGCCCACCCCCCGCCGACACGCGUGGACCCCGGCUCUUCUGCCUGGAGUACGAGGGGGACGACGGCCACGUCACUGCUGUCAUCGUGCACCAGGGGGACAGCGCGGAGGAGGUGACACGGCGGGUGUGCGCCCGGAGCCCACUGGAGCCCGCCCUGCGCCGAGCCCUCUGCCAACGGGUGCAGGACGAGCUCAGCAAGCGCCGAGGGACAGGGUGACGCUGCCACCCCCCCGGGACACUGCCGCCCCCCGGGGAUGGGUGCCAGCCGCUGCCUGGUGUCAAUAAAGGUGCUGUGAGGCUCCAGUGUCUGGAUCUGCUUGGGGAAACUGAGGCACGGGGGAGGGGUCCCGCUGUGUCACCGUGUCAUGUCCCCAUUGCU